UUAAUGUUAAACGAGUGCGCAUGCGUCAGUGGUGUUGUCCGGCUGAGAUAAGUUGUGUCAUUUUGAAUGCGCAUUUAAACAGUAGUUGAAUAUGGGAUUUAAUAAGUCUAGGUUUUAAUUGGUAAAUCAGCAACAUGGCUUUUACAUGUAUUGACAUGACAGGAUCUGAUCAUGUUGUAGAAUACAUGUGUUCUUCUUGCGAAGAAGAAGGUAUAUCUCAAGAAGCAGCAAGUUUCUGCAAGCUGUGCUCUAAGUUCUAUUGUUGCCAAUGUGUACUAAUCCAUGGAAAAUUGUUCAAAAAGCAUGAAACGUUUGGACGGGAAGAACUUAACAAAUGGCCUGUUUCGAAAGUAACCCAUGACGUUUUAGAAAAUUGCAGGGAACACAGAAAUGAAAACUUGAAAUUUUAUUGCGAGAACCACUGUGUGAUGUGUUGUAAUUCGUGCGUCGUGUUUAAUCAUAGGCAAUGCGCUUGUGUGGUGCCUAUCAAUGAAUCACAUGAAGAAGAAAUAACCGACGAUUUGCAACAACUUCAAGAAAGGUUUGACACUAUUCUUGAAAAACUGAAUCAGUUGCAGAGCAAUCAAGAAAGCACUAUCCUAGUUUUGCUUGAAUCAUACAAUGAAAGUUUGCAAGAAAUUAAAAAAACGAGACACACAAUUAAUUCCAUUUUAAAUAAACUUGAAAAGGAGACAGUAGAAAAACUGGACGGUAUACUGAAAAUUUUAAGUACACCUCUCAGAAAUGACGUUAAAAACGCCAAAAGACUCAGUUCAAACCUGAGAGACCUCGGAAAAGCAAUUCAAGAAAUGAUGACAAAGGGGAAAGAACUUUCAUUCACAGCUUUUAAGAAUUGUAUGGUCAGCAAACUUGCAUGUGAAAAGUAUAUAUACGAUCAUUCUAGGAUAAAGAAAAUUAAAAUUUCUUUUAAAACAAACACAUCGAUUGAGAGUUACUUAUCCCAACGACAGGACCUUGGCAUGAUUCUUCAUAGUAAUCAAGUUAAAGAAAACCAAGAAAUAUGUUUUGUAGGCGAGUCUAUGUACCAUGUGAGAAAAAACAAUGAUAAAAAGACUGAAAUCCGAGGAAUGUGUUUCCAUGAUGGAUUAGUAUUCAUGACUGAUUAUAACAACAAGAAUGUAAAGAUACUAGACAAUGACUACUCUGUGCUGAGUCAAAUUAAUCUGGAUUUUCAUCCAUUUGGUAUAUGCUAUUUUUCGCCUACUGGUCGAAUAGCCGUAUCUGGGAAAGGCCAAAUUCAGUGUAUGUAUACACUAAAAGGAAGAGAUCUAAUAACCUUUAACAAACUCAGCUUUCAAUUUUCACACGAUUGUUGUGGAAUGGCGAUAAGCAACGACGACAUGUACAUCACAUCUGGGUCAGCAUUGUACCACUACACUCGGGAUGGAAAACCAGUGAAGAACUUGUAUGAAGAUUCGGGAGUUUACAAUUGCGCAGUUAACCAAAGUGGCGACAAGAUAUUUGUAACGAACUCUUGGAACAAGCUACUCACGCUGUCCAGGGACGGUACUAUAUUAUCCAUCUUCACGGAUCGACUCUUACAAAGGCCGACCGCAGUACAUGUAACAGAAAAUGGACAAGUGCUGGUAUGUGGGGAAAACAAUAUCAUACAGGUGGACAGUGAAGGGAAGAAAAAGAUUACUGCUCUAGCAAUACCAAAUUUGGACAAUCCAUUGUCAAUGUGCAGCUUAGGGAAGUCCGUCAUUGUUGGAUCGAGUAACAUUCUUGUACUAAAAAUAGAGUAAUGUCAGUGUAUGCUAGUGACACAGUGAAUAUGAUUUUGUGCAUAUCACCUUUCCAAAAUACAAAUUAACUAAGCGAUUAUGUAAGUAAAGUGUUAAUUUUCAGACAAAUCAUACUUCGAUAUAAUGAAGAAAAAAAUGUAUUAUAUUAUAAUUAUGCCUUUAAGUUUCUCGGAUAACACUUUCCUGGUAAAUCGUCGCUGGUGGUACGGUCAUGAAUUUUGAAAUUGCACGCUCAUAAUAACCAGACAUGAAUCGGAUUGCAAAUAUGUAUUUCUUUUGUAUGGUGCGUUGUCUUUUUCUUUUUACGAAAAGUUGUUCUAAACUUCGUUUAUAACAUUCAUGUGAAUAAUGUUUUCACUUUGCUGUUCUUCCAUUCAUUUACGAUUGCAAAUUACAUUAUUGUGUUUGUUUGUUUUGUUAAUUUUUGACAUUUUUCAUUAACGUUCUAUGUAUAAUUCAAGAAAAUGUGUGUCAAUAAAGUUGUUCAUGAUGCUUUCCACUUUAAAGACCUUUUGUAAAGUACUGCAUGUUUAUCGGUGUUUUAAGUACAUCAGGUGUUUUUAAGUGCAUCACUUUUGUAACUAGAUCUGCAUCUUAAAACUCGUUUAAGUUGAAUUAAAUCAAUUUGGUAUUGACGUUGAGAGACGGAAACAUCUAUCAGGCUCGCGCAAUGUAGCUGCCAAAUUUUUUUAUGAAUAGGACAAUUCCUUUAAUCCCCACACCUCGUAUACUUUCUACAACACUUAGCAGGAAUAUUUCGUUUUGUAGGCGAUAUA